GUAGCUCCUGCCGGUCGUUGUUGAACUUGGUGUUGUUGGUGCAGAAUAAGCUGUUACAGCAUGUUGUAACACAGACGGAUCUGUCAAGCGCUCAGCUUGCGCAAGAUUCACCAGUGCGUUCAGCCACUACUCUGUAAAAUAGCUACUUUUUACUUUAGUUUCUCGGCUUUUGUGCAGAAAUAAUGGAUAUAUGCUGGCUGUGUGUGAUUCUCGCUGGGAUCGCAGUUUAUUUACUAACGCAGUUUAUACGCUUCAUCUUCGCCGACGCUGAUCUAACUUUAUUAUGGGCGGCCAGGUUCGGCAACAAACCAGAGCGCUCCUCUCUAAAGGCUGAGGAUAUUCUUGUUCUUCCACUUGAUUUGUUGGACCGUGCAUCACAUCAAGAAAAAACUGCUACAGCUCUGAAGCACUUUGGUGAUAUAGACGUGUUGAUAAACAACGGAGGCCGGACGCAGCGUUCUCUGUGCAUAGAGGCUGAUGUGGAUGUGUACCAGGCGCUUAUGGAGCUCAACUACCUUGGCACCGUAUCUGUCACCAAGCAGGUGCUGCCCCACAUGAUCCGCCGUGGUAGUGGUAUCAUAGCAACCGUCAGCAGCGUUGCAGGCUUUGUAGGGGUGCCCCUGGCAACAGGCUAUGCUGCGAGCAAGCAUGCGGUGCAGGGGUUCUUUAACUCUCUGAGAACAGAACUCGCUGAUUAUCCAAACAUCACCAUCAGUACCAUCUGCCCCGGACCAGUAAUAUCUACCAUCGUUCAGAACGCGUUCACAGAGGAGCUUGGCAAGCCUGUGGAUACAGCUGGUGAUCAGACCCAUAAGAUGUCCACAGAGCGCUGCGUUCACCUCACCCUGAUAGGUCUGGCCAACCAUGUGAAAGAGAUGUGGAUCGCUGAGCAGCCCUUUCUACUCUUCUGCUACUUGUGGCAGUACACUCCCACUCUGGCCUGGUACUUGACUAAUGUUCUUGGUAAAAAACGUGUGCAGAACUUCAAAGCUGGACUGGAUGCAGAUUCUGCAUACUUCAGCAAGCCAAAAGUCAAGACAACUUGAAAAUCUCAUUUCAAGAAACACCGAUUUGUGAAUUUCUUACCAGAAGGAACCGAGAAAGUCACACUAUUUCACUACGCCAUCAAAUAAAUAUAUAAAACCUUAUAUUUUGCACGCUGUAUCAAUAAGACAAAUGGCAAAUCUUUAAAAAAUGGCUAUGCAGUUGAUUUAUGUAUUCUUUGUGUUUACUGUAUUUAAAUGUCCAUUAGUUGUAAAUGGGAAUUAAUAUUCUAUAAUAAUAAACAUUUUAAGUUUGUGUGAACAAAAAAGAC